AUGUUCACUAAAUGUGGAGAUAAUGUCAGUGGUCCUAGUGAAGUACUGCAGGUGGAAACGAAAGAAGUUAUUUUAAAGGUGCAAGUGGAAGGUGAUCCCAAAAAUUAUACUUUGCUAGCCUCAGGCAAACCUUCAGUCUAUAAAGUCAAUCUUGAGGAUCAGAGUAGAAGCCAGUUUUGCCAGCAUAGCUUUGGAAGGCCAUCACAUCUCAACAUUAAGAAAAAAACAAUCAUGCUCCUUGGUGCCACUGGGUCAGGAAAGACAACCCUUAUCAAUGGAAUGAUCAACUACAUCCUUGGGGUAAAGUGGGAGGAUGAGUGCAGAUUUAAACUGAUAGAUGAGGUGACCAAUAAGACACAAGCACAGAGUCAGACCUCAGAGGUAACAGCCUAUCGUAUCCAUCACAGGAAAGGUUUCCAGAUUGAUCAUUCACUCACUAUUAUUGACACACCAGGAUUUGGAGAUACAAGGGGAAUUAAACAGGACAAAGCCAUCACCGAUAGAAUAAGAGAGUUCUUCUCGCACAAAGAUGGCAUUGCUGAGCUUGAUGCUGUGUGCUUUGUAGUUCAGUCAGCAUUAGCCCGACUUACACACACACAGAAAUACAUCUUUGAAGCAAUCCUCUCCAUUUUUGGAAAAGAUGUUGCUGAUAACAUUGUUGUUCUUGUCACCUUUGCUGAUGGUCAGACACCCCCAGUGCUGGAGGCCAUCAAGUCUGCAGAGAUCCCAUGUGCUAAGAAAAAUGAUGGAUCUCUGAUGUAUUUCAAAUUCAACAACUCUGCAUUAUUUGCUCCCAACAAUACAGACGGUGAGGACAAUUUUGAUGAAAUGUUCUGGAAAAUGGGUACAGUCAGCAUGCAGAAAUUUUUUGUACAUUUAAGCUCAAUGAAGACGCAGAGUCUCCAGAUGACAAAGGAGGUGCUCACUGAACGCAACAAGCUUGAGGUGACAGCGGCAGGACUGCAGCCAAUGAUACAAGUGGGCCUAGGAAAACUUGAUGAGAUCAAGUCAACAGAGGCAGCAUUAAAACAGCAUAUUGAAUGUAUUGAGGCAAACAAAAAUUUUGAGUAUGAGGUUGAAACUUUCAAGCAAGAUAAAAUUGACCUUGCCCGUGGUACACAUGUCACUAAUUGCCUGACAUGCAAUCAUACCUGUCAUUAUCCCUGUGGCAUUCCAAAAGACGAGGACAAAAGUGGCUGUUGGGCAAUGACUAAUUCUUACUGCAGAAUCUGCCCUGGAAAAUGCAUAUGGAAUGUGCAUCACAACGUGCCAUACCGAUUUGAGGUAAGCAAGGUUAAAAAAAAAUGCACAUAUGAAAACUUGAAGAAGCAGUAUGAGAACGCACUUGGAGAAAAGAUGAGUAAAGAAAAAAUAUUCAAGCGACUUGAGACGGAUUAUGAGCAGGUCCAGGUUCAGGUUCAUGACAUGAUAAAUGACUUAUCAACAUGCCUUAAACGACUUAAAGAGAUUGCACUUCGGCCUGACCCUCUGGCCACACCAGACUACAUAGAUCUGAUGAUACAAUCAGAGGAGCAAGAGGCCAAACCUGGAUUCCAGAAGCGCAUUAAAGAGUUGACGGAAAUCAGACAAAAGGCAGUCAUCAUGCAGAAAUUGGUCAACGGAGAGAUCCUCUCACCACAAGACAAGACAUCUUUGGGAAAAAUUAAAGAGGCCAAAGAAAAAUGUACAAAAUUCUCCAAAGGAGUAUUCAAUACCAUUGCACAGUGGUUUCAAUAG